CUGACAAUCAGCACGAAAAAUGUAGUAACCCAUGACAGCCAUUCCGAACAAACAAAGGAAAAUUAUAUGUUUGGAGGAAAAAUUUAUACUUUGUCCGUUUUUUAAAUUAGUGUCAAAUUUAUAUUUACAGUUCCUUUUCGGAGUUUUCCGUAACCGGAAAGAGGAUUUUGUGGUUACGGAAAUAGCCGGUCGUCCUAUCUGUUCAGACUCCAAACCAAUCGGAUCCCGUCUUUUUCCGUAAGGUUCCGGUAGUUACGAUUUACUCCAAAAGCAUUACGGGCCAAUUAGGACACUUCAGCCCGCAUUUUUCAGACACUUCCGCCCAAAGAUAAUUUUGACCCUAUUAUUUUUUUCUUAAGUAAUUCCGAUCGGACUUGGUUCAAAUUAGAAAAAUCGUAAUAUUUCUUAAUUUUGACCUUUUAAUUUCAAUUUCUUUUUAAAAUAUAUGUCUCUAAUAUAUCUUUUUUCUAAUUCAUGUGAUUUUUGAAUAUUAUAUCCAUGAAUUUAAAAAAUAUUAGCAAAUAACGUUUUCGUGAAUAUUUUUUAUUAAAACAAUUCGAACAUCUAUCUGAGUCGUUUAGCCCUGUAUGAUUUCUUAGAUAUUCAUAAUAUUAUGUAUCAAAUCACAGCGAAAUUUGGACUCUAAUCAUCCUGGAAUAAAUCACAAAAAAUUAAUACAGCCUAAAAUAUUUGAGAGCUUUUAUCACUUUUUCGAUGGUGAAAUCUUACUUCUUAAGAGUUGUUUUAACGAGCCAUUCGAUAAAAAAUUAGUGUAGUGAGCUACCUUAACCUAAUAAAUGUAUAUCUGGAAUACAUUGUGUUUGUUUCAUUAUUUUAUGAGUUGUUUUGAAUUACGGUUUAGUAGUACCCGUUAAAAACGGUAGUAUAGAAUAUCACAAAUCGUACACAAGUUGCAGGUUGUAAAUUUAUACAUUGACUAUGAAACUAUAAUUGUUUAUUUGCAUAAAGAAAGCCAGCUAAUGUUUAGAAUGAUUGAAAAUGGUGCGGUAAAGAGAAUCAUUGCGCCCAAGUUUCUAUAAGGAACCCCCCCCCCCCCCCCCCCCCCCCCCCCCAUGUUAAAUAAGUCGGAGAGGCUACAUUAUUAGCGUUGAAAGUGACGGCAAAAUUGUUUAAAAAUAUAUUUCUUGAAUAAUAAUAAGAAGAAAUGUGGUGAGUAAAGUUAACAAAGAAUUGAAAUUGAAUUGACGGUAAAUCAUCAAAAUACUGUUGUAAUUUCACUGAAAUACAUAAGAUGCGAACAUUGAACUUAAGUUUUGGUGACAAAAUGCCAGUUAAAAAAUAAUAGUAAUGAAAACAAGUUUUACACAUAUGAUCCAGAGUAUUGAAGAAAGGUGUGAAACUGGGAUAUAUCUAUGCUGUCACAUACCACAGGAAAUUGUUAUCAUAACAGUAUAGAGGACCGUGUAUUGUACCUGUACACCAUAGCAUAGGGCCUACUUAUAAGAAACCAUAGACACCAUGUGCUACUUGUAGCUAUUGGGAUUUGUGGAUUCAGUAAUAGUUAUCCGCUCUGAUACUAGUUCUAGUACAAGCAUAGCAUACCAACAAGAAACCUAUUAUUACAUGUUAAUAUUCUUCGCUACCCUCUAAACAUGAUUUAAAUCUAUAUCACUGAUUAUAUUACGAAAAUAACGACAUUUUAAGCCUUACCUUUGAAUUUUCUUUCCAAAAUUGCUGGAAUUCUAAUGGUCACAGUCUUUUCCUUUUCAACAAACUUCAAAUUCUCUUCCAAAAAUUUGCUGAUUCUUACAGUCACAAUCUAUUCCCUUCUGCCUCUAUACAAAUACUGUUGUCGCUGUUCUUUGAACUGUUCCCGUGGUAGCGACUAUGUCUGUAACCGCUACGUUGUGUAUUAUACACAAUCAUGGGCACACAGGCGGGAAGCACCUCAGAUCUUUUCUGUAGAUCUGGGUACUUUUCGUAAACAAGUCUGUGUAUAAUACUUUUCGGACAUUUUCAAAGAUCAGAAGAUUCGAAAGAGCCAAUCUCAGCGCAGGAUAUGAAAGACAAAUGAGUAAGUGAUGUUUGAAUAAAGGCACCGUAUUCAUAUAUCUUUAUGUAUUUGCCUCAACUGAUUUCUCCUCUCGGUACUUCAAGGAAGUCUAAAAAGUAUCCAAUAUAAAGUAGAUCCAUUGCUGUUAUAUGAUAUCAUGGCACCAACUAUGGUUUCAAACUCAUCUUUCAAUUUAAUGACUGCACUUUUCUUAAAAUAUCGGACAGUCAAGGUCAACAUAAAACAAAUCAUACAUUUUCGCAAAACCGAAUAAUAAAAAAGAUUAAAACUUUUUGAUAUAACAAUUUCCAUGUCAACAGUUUAGAAAAACUUCUAAUUUAUAAAUGUGUAUAAAUUAAUUGUAGAUUUUAGGGAAAGGAUGGUAUAAUAGUCAUACAGUUUCUGUAAGGAAAAUAUAAUACUUUUCACUAUCAAUAGUGUGUUUAUUAUUUUUUUUAAGUGAAUAAAAUUUUCUGAAAGAUACAUUUCUAUCAUGCGCAAAGUUUAAUUGGAUGAAAAAAUUUUAUUUUGCAAAAACCCAUGACAUCACAUGAGGAUCGAUCUACAUGAUAGCACAUGCUCAAGCGAAACAAAGCGUUGCUUAACCAUGGCCGGUUGGACUUUGAGUUUGAAGAGGGGAAAUGUUGUCUUCCAGACAUCAAGUGGCAAUUCUUCAACAGUCAGAGAAGUAGUCUGUGGUAAAGAGGAUGAAAACUUAAAGAUUACUAUGAUUCACACAGAUUAUGAAGAAAUGGUAGUCCAUGUUUCAGCAUUAGCUUUCUAUGCCACAGACAACAUGUUCAAGUCAUUGCACGGCCUUAAUAAUGUGGAUUUUGCCAAGGAAUUUGCCAACAUAGCACAACUCAACGGACUUAAACUCAGUAGAACAUCAGUUUCAGAUGCCACACCCACUCGUGUUAAGUCCAAUUUCACGCAUGCCGUCAGUUUCCGAGAGGAAGUGCAGAUACUGAGAAACUUGCACCCAGAGAAGGAUGUGCUGAAAGAAGAUGAGAUGCUGAAUACCGCCCACAAGAUGUGGAGGAGGAAUUCUGAGGAGCAUUUCGAAAUGAAAGCGGGAUCCAUCGGUGGCCUUAUGAAAGAAGCGAUUAGUGUGGCCUGCCUUAGCCAAAGGUGUUUCAGGAAGGCUGAGAAUAUUAUGACGGAAUAUCAGCAAUGGCGAUUAAGGAGGCAGAGUAAUAACAAAGUGAACAGGAUGCUCUUUGUGCAGCUUCCUGGGUUAAGAAAAGAAUCAGAGAUCUUUGACCUACUCUGCCAGUUUGAAGAGAGGGUCUUAACCAAGAAGGAAUUCAACGAAAAACUGAAGGAGGCAAAGAGUAAACCCGAGAAGGAUAUUACCUCUAGAAAAAGACUUGGACCUGAGUUCCACGUGAGAGAACUGAAAGAGAGAAAUGCAGCAUUGGAAGAGAGGAACAUUGCUCUUCGUCGGAGAAUUCUUCAGUUGGAGAAGAAAGUGGAAACUGCUUCAAGUUCAAACAAAAGGAAAAAACAGGACAUCUAUGACUUUGAAAGUGAAAGUGAUGAAGAUGUGCAACAAUCAAUUGACAUCAAUUUGUUUGAAGAAGUAGAAAUUCCAACAUCGGAGACUAUAAGCCACGGUGACACAAUCACAGAUGAUUAUGUGGACAAUGUGAUUGUUAUAACUCCAGCAAAGCCGUACUCUCGCUACGUGGAAUUGCCCAUCACUUUGGCUGAUUCAGUAAAUGAAACUCAAAGUGUUGGCGAAACCAAUGAACAAUGCGAGAUUAAUACCAUUAUUGACCAUGAGGAAGUACUCUUCACAACACUUCAGGACCUAAGAGACUCUAGCAAAGAACAGGCUGAUGAGGAGAAGGAAAAAAAUGAGGAGGCAGAUGUUACAAAUGAGGCUGAUGAGAAGGAGAAGGAAAGAAAGGAGAAGGCAGAUGUUGCAAAUGAGAAGAAAACAGGACUAUUUGCUGCCUCCGAACAACUGAUGAACAAUGUUAAGAAGAUGAAUAUGACACUUUCUCAAUAUGACGAGAUACUCAACACUUUACUGGCGAUCAUUUGUUCUGCGGAUAAUGGUCUGCAAACAAUGGAAAAGAAAACAGGACUAUUUGCUGCCUCCGAACAACUGAUGAACAAAGUUAAGAAGAUGAAUAUGACACUUUCUCAAUAUGACGAGAUAUUCAACACUUUACUGGCGAUCAUUUGUUCUGCGGAUAAUGGUCUGCAAACAAUAGAAAAAAAAACAGGACUAUUCGCUGCCUCCGAACAACUUAUGAACAAAGUUAAGAAGAUGAAUAUGACACUUUCUCAAUAUGACGAGAUACUCAACACUUUACUGGCGAUCAUUUGUUCUGCGGAUUAUGGUCUGCAAACAAUGGAAGUAAGUGUUCGAGAUCGGGGACACUUGUAUGGUUUGGAGAACGAAGCUUCUAGAAUUGCUCAUCACUUUCAAACAGCCCGCUUACAACUGCAAUCUUUACAAACAACCAUUUCUGUUGUCCAUGGUGGAGGAAACACACAGUGUAAAUUUUCAACUACUCCAUUGAUUCCUAUUCAGCAAUCUCUAAAUUUCAACAUUGUAAAAGAAACCAAACAAAUUAUUCAAAAUCUCACAGACUUCGUGGUAGCCGUGAAUUACACAAUGAACGAUUGUCAAACUGCGGAAAUACUCUCGACUUUUCUAAGUCGUGCUGCGAAUUUGAUACCUGGUAUUAGCAACUCCAAAAUAUAUCACCAUGAGACAGCUUAUAUUUUCAAUCAGUCGGUGAGAGCAAUUACUUGA